GCGACGUACGAAUUUGAUGGCUUCCAAUCUUCCUAUCAUCAUCUUCCUCGUACUCGUCUCUCUCGCUCUAAUUUCCGGAUAUUCAACAACAUCUGAUGUGUCAAAACAUGAAGAUGAAACCUAUGUUAUGCCUACGAAUGAUUAUGGAUCGGUUUCGACCGUUGUUGAAGAUGUAGUCAAAGCUUCAGGUCCUCAAGCUCUCGAUGGCUCUAAAGUGGUUGAGAAUGCAGCAGUUUUUAAGAGCUCUUCAAGCAAAAGUAAAAAAGGUUCGAAGAAGAAACAUAAGAGCAAGAAAAUAGGAUCAUUGGAUGUUAAUAUCUUUGUCGAUAUCAUCGUAGUAAUUGUUGUUCUCCUUGUGAUCAUUUGUGUUAGUGUCGGCAUAUACUAUUAUUAUCUGAGGCCCAAAAACAAAGAGGCUCAGAGUAUAUAA